AUAAAUAUCACGACGAAGAGUAUGAGUGAUACACUUCUCGGUGGAUUCUGUCACUCACAACAACCAAGAUGUGUCGUAUUCUCAUGGUGAUAAGCGUAGCCUUGAUGGCGACAGCGUCCGUGGCUAUGGCUGGUGGAGGAUACGCAAGUCGCCGUGGUGGAGGUGGAGGUGGAGGAGGCCACAUCGGUGGUGGAGGAGGCCACAUCGGUGGUGGAGGAGGCCACAUCGGAGGAGGAUUCAGCGGCGGAAGUGGAGGAAUCGGAGGAGGAUUCAGCGGCGGAAGUGGAGGAAUCGGAGGCGGAGCUGGUGCCGUCGCUGGCGGAUUCGGGGCAAAUGGAGGCGCUGGAUUCAACGGCGGCCACGGAUUUGGUGGGAAUGGAGGCGCUGUGGUUAGCGGCGGAAGCGGAUUUGGAGUCAGUGGUGUGGGAGGAGGUGUCGGAGGUGGAGCUGGAGGAGGAUUUGGAGGAGUCAGUGGUGUGGGAGGUGUCGGAGGUGGAGCUGGAGGAUUUGGAGGUUUAAAUGGUGGUGCUGGUAGUUACAGUGGAGGUAAUGGCGGUUUAGGCGGUGGAAAUGUCGGUUUUGGUGGUGGAAAUGUCGGUUUUGGCGUUGGAAGUGGAGGUUUUGGCGGUGGAAAUGGUGGAUUAGUCACAGCGAAUGGAGGUUUUAGCGGUGGCAACGGCGGAUUUGGCGGUGGCAACGGUGGAAUUGUUGGAAGCAGUGGCAGUUUUGGCGGUGUUGGCGGAGGUAAUGGCCGCCGAAGCUAUGGAGGGAAGUAAAGCCACUCGCCUCAGUUACCAAAGCAUGACCUGUUGAAAGAAUAAAUUAAAGGUUUAUGAUA